AUGACUGUGGAAUCUCCAGUGGAUUACGACAGCCUGGGCGAUGGCUCGGCCAAAAUCUUUGGCAUGGAGAAUUUUGGUAACACCUGUUAUUGUAAUUCUAUUUUACAAUGUUUAUACUACUCCAAGGCGUUUAGAGAAAAGAUUCUAGCAUUCCCACCAUCGAAUCUGGGUGAUUCGCCUCAUAGCCGUAACAAACGUACUUCGGUGGUCGGGUUGAACCCCCAUCCAUUUGCAGUCGAUCCUGCUGCUGCUUUGAAUCAGUCGGGUUUGAACGCUCAAGAACUGGCGGCUCUUCAGACCACUUUGGCUCAAAGUGCUGCUUCCGGUGUCACUGCCAGCACCAUUCACAACUCGGUUUCUUUACCUACUCACAUCGACUCUCCGACUGCAGCACAUAAUUCCGCCACCUCCAAUACCAAUGGAUCUAAUAACAAUGGUAGUGGAGGCAAGUCGGUCACUCGAAGAAUGUCGCUUUUUGGCAGAAAAGAUUCGCAUUCCAGUAACACAUCCAGUACCAAUGUUAGUCAUUCAUUGGACUCUCAUCAUAAUUCAUCCGGUAACAACGGCUUCUUUUCCGGGUCUGGCCCAUCAAUUGCCGGCUCUCCUGGUCCUGCUUCUUUCAUCAACGCUACCAAUUCUAGUACCAUGUUUAAUGGACAGUCUCUUGAUACAUCCGCUUCAAAAAAGCCUCCUUAUGAGGGACUUAAUGGAGUUCAACUGGGAUCAAGAUUCCCGGGCCAAAACAUCCCCGUUGUAGGAUACACCGAAGAUCCAUUUGCAACUCCUGAAACCCGUAAACGGGCUGCUCUUAUCAAGGGCCCUAUUAUUAACAUGGAUUUGUCCAUGUCUAAUGAUUACAGCAUGGACGAGUCCUUGUUCACCAGUUUAAAGGACCUGUUUGAGUCCAUGUCGGAAAACUCGUCACGAAUCGGUGUAGUAUCUCCGUCUAAACUGAUCGAGGUAUUGAAAAGAGAGAAUGAACUGUUCCGAUCGUCGAUGCACCAGGAUGCUCAUGAGUUCUUCAACUUUCUUCUCAAUGAAGUCAUUGAAAGUGUGGACAGAGUAGCUCCUAAAGUAGCUGCUGCUGAAGCCAAUGGGAUUGUCACCAAUGGCAACGGCAAUGGUACCAACAAAGGCCAUAGCGUUUCGUCUCAGUCGUCAGCAAUCUCAUCGACUUCACGAUGGGUUCAUGAGCUUUUCGAAGGUCUUUUGACCUCUGAAACAAAGUGUCUUACCUGUGAAACAGUUUCCCGGCGAGAUGAACAAUUUCUCGAUCUGUCAAUUGAUUUAGAGAGAAAUACGUCAAUUACUGCCUGUCUUCGUCAGUUUUCCGCUUCUGAAAUGCUCUGUGAACGAAACAAGUUCCACUGUGAUACUUGUGGCGGUCUUCAAGAAGCUGAGAAGAGAAUGAAAGUCAAGAAACUGCCGAAAAUUCUCGCCCUUCAUUUGAAGCGGUUCAAGUUCACCGAGGACAUGCAACGUAAUGUUAAGCUUUUCCACCGAGUGCUCUAUCCUAAACACUUUAGACUGUUUAACACCACCUUUGAUGCUGAGGAUCCCGACAAACUGUAUGAGUUGUGUGCUGUUGUUGUACACAUUGGAGGUGGUCCUUAUCACGGACACUAUGUAUCAGUUGUGAAGACCGAACAUAUGGGCUGGUUACUGUUUGACGACGAGAUGGUCGAGUCGGUGGAUCCAAACUAUGUAUUCAACUUUUUCGGCGAUAACAAGGGCAUGGCCACUGCAUAUGUUUUGUUUUACCAAGAAAUCUCUCCUUCAGAUAUGGAGAAGGAGAACCUUUAUGCCAAUGAUGACUUCACUGGAGCAGCUCAUGGUUCUGGUGUUUACGGAACUGCUGCUCCCAACACCGCUGCGUCGACAGUAGCUCCUACUGCCAACCCAUCAUUGAUCGAUGUUGUUAAUACCAAUGGAACGAACACCAAUGGCAACGUCAGCACCACGGCAAUUGCUGAGGAUGACGAGCGCAUCGAUCCUAUCCAAUCUAUCCAUCCCGGAAUCCGAUCUGCUGCCGGGCGUACCCCCUCAACCAGCUCACUUCCUGCCACAACAUCUGCCUCACCACGUGCCAUUCCCCAGCAACAACUUUUCCGUACCAAUACCACCACUGCUGCUGGCAAAGAGAACGAUCCCAGUCUGAUGUCUAUCAAGGAAGACGCCGGUCCCGUACCAGCCAUGCCACAAACGCGGUCUGCCAGUGUGUCCACCGCGGCGUCUGUGUCAUCCUCAGCACCCUCAACCAGUCCCGGCGGAUUCAAACUGCGAACCUCGUCCUUCGGCCGCAAAAUGUCCAAAAAGCGCAAAGACGGAGAAGACGUAUCAGCAAACACAUCCCAGCCCAGCACAUCCCCGACCUCGACACGCUCGCGAGGCCUGUCCUUCUCCUUCGGCAAAAAGUAG